GGAAGGAAGCCGUAGCAGCAGCCGCAGCAGAAGCAGCAGUAGCAGUAGUACUACUACUACUACUAGUAGUACUACUGGUACUAGUACUUGGACCUUUAGCUGUUGCGUCACAACUUUACUGUUACACACAACCACAAGAAGAAGAAAACUAAGUGCAGCAACGAGCAGCAGCUUCUCUACAGAGCAGAGUCCAGCUCAGGAAGUGAACAGCUGAGGGACUUCACUUUGUUUUCCGCCGGGCAAGAAAAAGGAGUUUGCUGAGUGAAGAAGCGUUUCCAGACUGGGACAUGUCAUACCUCAUAGCCUUACCUCCUCCGUCCUGACAAACAGGAUCCUGACAGUCUACCUCAACACAUGUGUCAUCCACCCUCUCGCUUCUACCUCUUAGCACAUCCCCUACUCCUUCUCUACCUCAGCAUGUACUGUAAAUGCACAUAGCUCUUAUCAACCGCGUCAGAAAGUCCAACUGACCCUUCACGUUAUCACCGGUGCUCUCGGGUUUCAGUCAUCCAGCGAUAGUGGAACAGUUGACUGGGUUUCUUCCUGCUUUGCAGCACAUAAUCACUAUCUGACACUGUGUCGGGAGGUGCCUCCUGGAGCAGCCAUGUUGGGCAUGGGUUUGUGAUGUCUGAGCCCUGCGACGGACCAGCACCAGGAGCUUGGGAAGGACUUGGGCGGAGUGACAGGAACGCUCCUCUGUUCGUGGUUGGCGGCGAAGAUGAUGAGCAGGACAUGGGUCAAGUGGAGACAGGCAUGAGGAACGAGAUGUUUCGAGAGGAAGAAAUGGAGGAUGAUGAAGAUGAGUCGCCACCGGAGCGACAGAUUGUGGUCGGCAUUUGUGCCAUGAUGAAGAAGUCCAAAUCCAAGCCCAUGACUCAGAUCCUGGAGCGCCUUUGUAAGUUUGACUACAUCGACAUGGUCAUCUUUCCUGAGGAGGUGAUCCUGGAGGAACCUGUGGAGAAAUGGCCCCUCUGUGACUGCCUCAUUUCCUUCCACUCCAAAGGAUUCCCUCUUGACAAAGCUGUGGAGUAUGCCAAGCUCAGGAAUCCACUGCUCAUCAAUGACCUCAAUAUGCAGUAUUUCAUACAGGACAGGAGAGAAGUUUACCGGAUCCUAAGAGAAGAGGGCAUUGACCUACCUCGCUACGCUGUGUUAAACCGAGAUCCCGACAAUCCUGAGGAGUGUAACCUUGUGGAGGGGGAGGACCAUGUGGAAGUGAAUGGGGAGGUGUUCCCGAAACCCUUUGUGGAGAAACCUGUGUGUGCUGAAGACCACAACGUCUACAUCUAUUACCCAACAUCUGCUGGAGGAGGCAGCCAGAGACUCUUCAGAAAGAUUGGGAGUCGGAGUAGUGUAUACUCACCAGAGAGCAGCGUACGAAAGACUGGAUCCUACAUCUACGAGGAGUUCAUGCCCACAGAUGGCACAGACGUGAAGGUUUACACGGUGGGUCCAGACUACGCCCACGCCGAGGCACGAAAGUCUCCUGCUCUGGACGGAAAGGUAGAGAGGGACAGUGAGGGGAAGGAGAUCCGCUACCCCGUCAUGCUUACUGCCAUGGAGAAACUGGUGGCUCGCAAGGUCUGCCUGGCUUUCAAGCAAACAGUUUGUGGAUUUGAUCUGCUCAGAGCCAAUGGCCACUCCUUUGUCUGUGAUGUUAACGGUUUCAGCUUCGUCAAAAAUUCCAUGAAGUACUACGACGACUGUGCCAAAGUCCUGGGGAACAUGGUAAUGAGGGAGUUAGCCCCCCAGUUCCACAUCCCCUGGUCCAUUCCAAUGGAGGCUGAAGACAUCCCCAUUGUCCCAACCACCUCAGGAACCAUGAUGGAGCUGCGCUGUGUUAUUGCCAUCAUCCGUCAUGGAGAUCGCACACCAAAGCAGAAGAUGAAAAUGGAGGUCCGACAUCCUCUGUUCUUCGAGUUGUUUGAGAAGCAUGGAGGCUAUAAAUCAGGAAAGCUAAAGCUAAAAAAGCCAAAACAGCUACAAGAAGUGCUGGACAUUGCCCGCCUGCUGCUGGUUGAACUGGGCCAGCAUAACGACUGUGAGAUCGAGGAGAAGAAAUCUAAACUGGAACAGCUCAAGACCGUCCUGGAGAUGGAAUCCAGCUUGAAUGACACUCAGUACGGUCAUUUCUCAGGUAUCAACAGGAAAGUCCAGCUCACCUACCUACGUAACGGCCAACCUAAAGCCUCCAGCGAAGAAGAAGACUCUAAGAGGGACGGUCCUUCUCUGCUGCUGGUGUUGAAGUGGGGCGGGGAGCUUACGCCUGCAGGCCGGGUUCAGGCUGAGGAGCUGGGCAGGGCCUUUCGCUGCAUGUAUCCUGGAGGUCAAGCCGGUAACCGCGGGUCCCUUGGCUGCGAGUCCCCUAUUGACUUCGGUGACUAUGCUGGGUUUCCUGGGUGUGGCCUCCUGCGCCUGCACAGCACUUACCGCCACGACUUGAAGAUCUACGCCUCUGACGAAGGCAGAGUGCAGAUGACAGCUGCUGCGUUUGCCAAGGGUCUGCUGGCUCUGGAAGGAGAGUUGACACCGAUCCUGGUCCAGAUGGUGAAGAGUGCCAACAUGAAUGGACUGCUGGACAGUGACAGCGACUCUCUGACUGACUGCCAGCAGAAGGUGAAGGCCAGGCUACAUGAAAUCAUGCAGAAGGAUCAGGACUUUGCAGCUGAAGCUUAUGAGAAGUUGGCCCCAACAGGUAGUCCUUCCCUGGUGAACUCCAUGAAGAUCAUUCAGAAUCCAGUCAACACUUGUGAUAAGGUCUACACCCUCAUCCAGAGUCUCACCAAACAGAUCAGAAAGAGACUGGAGGACCCCAAGUCUGCAGACCUGCAGCUUUACCACAGCGAGACAUUGGAGCUGAUGCUUCAGCGCUGGUCCAAAUUAGAGAGAGAUUUCCGCACAAAGAAUGGGCGCUACGACAUCAGCAAGAUCCCCGACAUCUACGACUGCAUCAAAUACGACUCACAGCACAAUGCCUCCCUAGGACUGGAGGACACGCUGGAGCUGUUCAGACUGUCCCGCGCCCUGGCUGACAUAGUUAUACCACAGGAGUAUGGCAUCAACAAAGCUGAGAAGCUGGACAUUGCUCAGGCCUACUGUGUUCCUCUAAUGAAGAAAAUCCAGCUCGACCUUCAGAGGACCCAUGAGGAUGAGGCUGUUAACAAGCUGCACCCCCUGUAUUCUCGGGGUGUGAUGUCUCCUGGUCGUCACGUCCGCACACGUCUCUACUUCACCAGCGAGAGCCACGUCCACUCCCUGCUCAGCGUCUUCCGCUACGGAGGCCUGCUGAAUGAGGAGAAGGACCAGCAGUGGAAACAGGCAAUGGACUACCUGAGUGCUGUGACUGAGCUUAACUACAUGACACAGAUAGUCAUCAUGCUGUAUGAAGACAACAAUAAGGACCCCUCCUCAGAAGAGCGUUUCCAUGUCGAGCUUCAUUUCAGCCCAGGAGUCAAAGGAUGUGACGAUGAGGAGAAUGUACCUCUCGGCUUCGGCUUCCGCCCGGCCUCCUCUGAGAACCAAGACAAACAGCCGAAUCAGGGCAGUCUAGAGGACCUCUCCCAGGACCAGCCAGACCAGGCAGUUCUUAUUUCUGAGCCGAUCAACAUCCAGCGAAGGUCUCCCAUGAUCCGCAACCGCAAGACGGGCUCCAUGGAGGUCCUCUCUGAGACCCCUCCCACCGCAUCCUCCAAGGGCGGCACCUCCCAUCGACUCUUCCCCUCCUGUUCACACCAGUCUCCUGAGAUCAAACCAACCAUUGGCCUAGACCCCUCAGUCAAGCUCCAAGUAGUCCAUCUUCCAGGGGGGUUUCCUGCUGAGCUGGCCCUGCCGGAGUUGGCCCCUCUGGCUGUGGACAGGGCCACGGCCCACCACCUGCAUCACUGCCCCUACCACCUCCGCCUCCUCGAGACCUGGCUGAUGUCUGGUCAGGAGCUCCCAGAAUCCCUCCACGGUUUUGAAGGCUGCUCCAUGGUGCCCUCUAUCUACCCGCUGGAGACGCUGCACAACUCGCUGUCAUUGAAGCAAGUGGACGAGUUUCUCAACACGGUGUGUGAGAGCAGCAGCGAGGCCCACGCCAAAACCAUGAAAGCGCUCUCCAGCCUGUUUGACUCUCAGAGCCAGACGUCUCUCUACAGCCCACAGCAGCCUCUGUCCUCCUCUGGAUCUGAGACUUCUCUGCGGCCGCCAAGUCAGCCUCUGUGGCAUGGCAGCAUCCCCUCUAGUGCUGUGUCCAGCGCGGGCCCCUCUUCGCCAAUCACAGAGAGCUCUGGCCUGAACUUCAGCUUCAGUGAGUAGACUGACGCAAGGACUUCUGGGUAUCUGAGAGGGGACGACAUGAGGCCCUUGGUUUGUUCGUCUCCGUGCUUUUCUACAUCUUUCUUGUUGUCCCUCCGCUCACGAGCCCAAAGAAACACUGGAGGGAAAUGAUUCUGGAGGAGUCCAACCCUGCCUUAGGUAUUACAAACUGUUAAUAUAACCACUCACACUCAACACAGACUCUUCUGGUGCAGCCAGACCACAGCUCUACCCCUGCUCCGCACUGUAAGAAAACUCUGCACCUUCACCAGUUCUAAACCUCUCAUCACCUGCAUCUUCCUCUUCAGUUUCGCUGCAAUUUCAUCAAGCCGCUGCAACUCCUUCAACAGUGCAUUGAGCCAAAACUCAGACCAGUGGUGCCUGUGAUGUCAUUUUGAUACUGCCCACAUCAAAACCCAAUGCUUCAACCACCAGCUGCCUCAUGAAACUACCUGCACCUACAGCUGAAAUGCAAGAGACUGCCAGUCAGCUGUCAUAUAGUCACAUUUGAGAAUACAAAAGGUAAACAUGUCUCUGCUGCAUUACAGCUGUACUUUUAGCCAGUCAUUGUCCAGCUUUAGAGAAAUUAGUUUUUUGAGCAUGAAGUGGGGGAGAGAAUCAAAGCUUUGAAAAAAUACUUUAAACUUGUGGAAAUGAGAGUUAGAUAAGUGUGUUAAUAUCCCUUUGAUCUGUUAGUUGAAUAUGAUGAAAAAUCUGUUGGCUUUGCACGGUACAAAGAGAGAGGAGGUAAACGACAAGUCUGUCCAAAAAUAAUGAAACACCUCCUCUAAUCGACACGUUUUAUCUGUUUGUGAUUUGUAUAAAAUUGAAAGUGUAAAGAACAACAGUUUGGUUUUAUUUGCAGAAGCUUUUACACUGCAGUUUAUGUCUGAAUUAAAUAAAUUGGAUAUAAUGUGUCAUAUCCCAUUUGCAAAAUGUAUCUUCACAUUCCGUGUGCAGACAUGAGGGUGAUACUGAUCUUCUCAUCUAACUCUUGGUAAGAAAGCAAAGAUGUGCUUACCUGUGUCAAACUAUUCCUUUAUGAACUCGUGAACAUUAUUUCACAAUGUAUAUUUGGUUUGUAAAGAUUAUUUAGUUUUUAAAGGCAGAAGUUGAAAACCUUUAGAAAUAACGUUUUAUUCUCAGACCUUUUCAAACUUUUGUCCACCAAAGCAGCAGCUGCAGCCUAAAUGUGUCCGACACUGUGACAUACAGAGAAUGGGCAUCAUGCACCAUCAGGACUCGGAUUACAAAGUGCUUGAUUCGACUGCCAUACUCUUUAUUUUUAAUUUUUAUUAUUUUAUGAUCAUCUGCUGUUAAAUGGAAACGCAAUGAAUGUGUAAAUGUGCCUUUAAAUAACUUGUGAGAGAAAUAUUGAAGUGUUUCACACACUGUUGGUUUCCUGCUGUAUUAUAUUAUUUUUAUUUGAGGGGUGGUCACAACUGAGGUUUGAUUUCAAGAAAAUCUUUGGUUUAGAUUUAUUUUAGACUUAAAGCGAAACCUCAUUUGAUUGAGUAGUAUAAAUGUAAUUCUAUAUGACGACUACCUGAAUACUGCAGUUUUCAGACUGUGUGAUACCACACCAAAUUACUUGUGUAUUUUUUUAGUGUUAAAUUAAUCAAGUGACAGUUUGUGAAGACAAGUGAUGCUCAAGUAGACUUGUCAGGAAUCUGAAAGUGGAACUUUUUUUUAUCAUUAACAUGAAUGAACCAGGGGUCAAUUCACCUUCAGUUGGUUAAAUUAAAAUCUCAAAAUAAAUACAGAUACUUUUAUAACUUUGACCAAAACAAAGCUCCAUGAUAAAGCAGUGACUUGCAGUUUUUUUUAGGAGUGCGGUAAUAAAGAGAACUGCAUUCAGGCAGUGCUGUCAGCAUCACCAAAGUACAAAUGAAAGAAAUAAAAUGGCUCCCUUUUUAAUUUCAACCUAGUUUAACUGAAAAUGAUCUGAGCCCAAACUCCUGCUGUAGAACAAACAUGUAUAUUUUAGCCAGAAAUAGUUUGAUUUUAAUAUUAAGAUUCAUUCUUUUUCCUUCCAUUCUUUUUUUUGUUGAUGUAGGUAAUUGUAUGUAUGUGUAUUUAUGUUAUUAUUUAAUGUUCAAUUUAAUGGCAGCCACAGAGGGGUGUGUAUGUUUUGUGACGAGAUUGGCUGCUGGAGAACAAAAUCGGUUUAACGUGCAAAUUCUGUAACAUUCUUUUUCGAUGGACGUUUAGGUCGAGACGUGAUGUUGGAAAAGAAGAAGGGGAGGAAGGGGGUUAAUAAAAAAAAGUGAAACAGUGAAAA